CUAACCACUCUUCAGCGUUGGAGCUUACCAUCGCAAAAGCGUUUCCUUCUUGUGUUCGUUUUAAGAAGGUGAGAAGAAGUGGAACUAUGGCAAGAAGAGGAAGAGGGUAAUAAAGAGGAAAAGAAAAAGGGGAUCGGGAGAGAGCGGCGCACCGGGGAGAUGGUGAGGACGCCGCCAUCAGGCUGCGGGGGCGUCCGGAAGUCGCGCCACCGGCGGAUCGCCGACAUCCUCGCGGAGGAUGAGGACUCCAGCGAUGAGUCGGUUUUCCACGGCUAUGGCUACGGCGGUCGCCGCGGCGGCGGCGGCGGAAUGCUGCCUGUUUUCCUCAACGACCAGAGCGAUCUGGUGGAGGUGAUGCUGGAGCUGGACGAGGAGUCGAUGGUGGUGCGGAGUGUCACGCCGACCUCCGCUGCCGCUGCUGCCGCGGCGGCGGCGGCUGCGGGGCGGGAGUCGUCCGCCAGCCUGAGCCGGAGCUCGUCGACGGCGUCGCGGAUCCGGCGCAAGUUCUCGUGGCUGCUGUCGCCGACACCGCGGCGGACGCUGGCGGAGAUGCUGGCUGCCGAGGAGUCGGCUUCGGCCUCGGGGUCCGGCCCGCUCCCGGCCCCCGCGACCGCCAUGUCGUCGCGCGACGCCCGACGGAUCCGUGCGCGGCUGGAGCGAACGCGGUCCGGGGCGCAGCGGGCCCUUAAGGGGCUCCGCUUCAUCAGCCGGACGACGACGGCCACGGCGAACUUGGCCGAGCUCUGGGGCCGGGUGGAGGACCGUUUCGCCGUGCUUGCCAAGGAUGGCUUGCUCUCCCGUGAGGACUUCGGCGAAUGCAUCGGAAUGGUGGAUUCGAAGGAGUUCGCGGUGGGCAUAUUCGACGCCCUGGCGAGAAGGCGGCGCCAAAACUUGGAGAGGAUAACCAAAGAAGAGCUCUACGAUUUCUGGGUCCAAAUUUCCGAUCAAAGCUUCGACGCCCGCCUCCAAAUCUUCUUCGACAUGGUGGAUACCAAUGUGGAUGGGAGGAUAACGAGGCAGGAAGUACAGGAGUUGAUAAUUCUGAGUUGUUCGGCCAACAAGCUGGCCAAGCUCAAAGAGCAGGCAGAGGAGUAUGCGGCGCUCAUCAUGGAGGAGCUGGACCCCGAAAACCUUGGCUACAUCGAGCUGUGGCAGCUGGAGGCGCUGCUGCUGCAGCGGGACACCUACAUGAACUACAGCCGGCCGCUGAGCACGGCGAGCGCCGCGGCGUGGAGCCAGACCAUCCCCGGCGGCGCGCCGAAGCCCCCGCGCCGCCCCUGGUUCAGCCCCCGGCGCGCCGCCACGAGGCUGCGGCUGGCGGCUCGGGAGAACUGGCAGCGGGCGUGGGUGGUGGCACUGUGGGUAGCCGCCAUGGCGGGCCUGUUCGCCUGGAAGUUCACGCAGUACCGGCAGCGGACAGCGUUCCGGGUGAUGGGCUACUGCCUCCCCACCGCCAAGGGCGCUGCCGAGACGCUCAAGCUCAACAUGUCCCUCGUGCUACUUCCCGUCUGCCGGAACACCCUCACGUGGCUCCGCUCCACCCGCGCCCGACUCUUCGUCCCCUUCGACGACAACAUCACCUUCCACAAGAUGAUCGCGACGGCCAUAGUGGUCGGGAUACUGCUUCACGCCGGGAACCACCUGGCGUGCGACUUCCCGCGGCUGAUCAACUCAUCGCCGGCGCACUACGAGAUGGUGGCGAGGUACUUCGGGCCAGAGAAGCCCACGUACAGGAGCCUGGUGGCCGGGGUGGAGGGGGUGACGGGGAUCGCGAUGGUGGCGCUGAUGGCGGUGUCUUUCACCCUGGCGACUCACCGGUUCAGGAAGAACGGGGUGCGGCUGCCCUUCCCCCUGAACCGCCUCACCGGGUUCAACGCCUUCUGGUACUCCCACCACCUGCUCGCCGUCGUCUACCUCCUGCUGCUCAUCCACGGCUACUUCGUGUUCCUCGUCCACAAGUGGUACCAACGAACGACAUGGAUGUACAUCUCUGUUCCAUUGCUGCUCUAUUUGGGUGAGCGAAAUCUGAGAGCCUUUCGGUCCAAAGGUUACUCUGUCAAGAUUUUAAAGGUUUCUUUGCUACCUGGUGGUGUGUUGACUGUGACAAUGUCCAAGCCACAAGGAUUUCGUUAUAGAAGCGGACAGUACAUAUUUUUGCAAUGCCCUACCAUCUCCCCGUUUGAAUGGCAUCCUUUCUCCAUUACAUCAGCUCCUGGUGACGAAUAUCUUAGUGUCCACAUUCGAACAAGUGGUGACUGGACCCAGGAGCUUAAACGCAUAUUUAUAGAAAACUACUUCUCUCCACACUCAACAGGGAAAGCCACAUUUAAUGAAUCGGGCUCUUUGGAACAGAAAAGCUUGCCUAGAUUGUUUGUGGAUGGUCCUUAUGGUGCCCCAGCACAAGACUUCCGGAAUUAUGAUGUUCUACUGCUGGUGGGGCUUGGCAUAGGGGCAACACCUUUUAUAAGCAUUCUUAGGGACCUACUCAACAACAUUAAGUUAGCCGAUGAACUCAUGGAACUGGCAAUGGAAACUAGUAGGUCUGAAGUUAGCAGUACCAGCUUCAGCAUCUCUACCACCAGUAGCAGCACCAAGAAGAGAUCAUACAGAACAAGCAGUGCUCAUUUCUACUGGGUCACAAGGGAAGCAGGAUCCUUCGAGUGGUUCAAAGGAGUAAUGAAUGAUGUGGCUGAUAUGGACAAGAAGGGUAUUAUAGAGAUGCAUAAUUACUUGACUAGUGUUUACGAGGAGCGUGAUGCAAGGACCACUCUCCUCAAAAUGGUGCAGGCUCUGAAUCAUGCUAAGCAUGGAGUGGACAUUGUCUCAGGCACUCGGGUGAGAACUCAUUUUGCAAGACCAAAUUGGAAAGAAGUAUUCACCAAGUUAGCUUCCAAGCAUCCCGGCGCGACAGUAGGCGUAUUCUACUGUGGAACACCAACACUGGCAAAAGAGCUGAGGAAAUUAUCGCAUGAGAUGAGCCACCGGACGUCAACACGCUUCCAUUUCCACAAAGAGUACUUCUGAUCACUGCAUACGGUAUAGCAAUGGAAUCAAAAUUUUUGAUAUACAGUUCACAGAAGCCAAUUACUAUAAUCCUCUUAUAAGUGUAUAUAACCUGCAUAAUCAAUCUACACAAGCAAAUAGUCAACAGAGCACAAGUUGAGGAAGAUAGAGAUGGAAGCUAUCUCCACUCAUCGUUAUUCAUAAUUUCAUGUGUACAGUCUUAAUAAUUGCAUUAAUUAGCAUAUGUUACUUUUUUUUUUUCUUCUUCCAGUUAAAUUGAAGUUUAUAUGUGAGAGACUCUUAAUAUCAUUAGGAGUCCUCUUAGAUUUUUAUUAAGGCAUCAUCCUUGUAUACGACCUAUAUUUUUUUCCUCUGGUAUCUUGUCUAAUGAAUUAUGGAAAACUAUCAUAUUCCAAA